AUGGGACUUGUUGCUAAUGUAUUCACAGAAGUUGAACGAGCGCUCGGCGUAGCGCCCCCAGAAACCAUAUCUAUUGGUCCAGAGCGCCCAUUAUACGAAGCAUGUCGCAGCAUGUUAUCAUCCAGGGCACGCCGUGUACCCCUGGUUUCAUAUGACAGUCAAACUGAAAGGCCAUUGGUGGUCAGCGUACUUACACAAUAUCGCCUUCUUAAGUUUGUUGCAGUGAAUGUGGCAGAGACACAAAAGCUGCGGAAGCCACUAAAGGAGAUCAAUCUUGGAACUUAUACCGAUAUAGUAACGGCUUCUAUGGAUACCCCUGUGAUUGAUGUUAUACAUAAGUUGGUUGAAAGGAGCAUAUCAAGUGUACCAAUUGUUAACAGUGAAGGUGUUGUAUACAACGUAUUCGAAGCUGUCGAUGUGAUCACAUUAAUUAAGGGAGGGGUAUAUGACGAUCUCAAUUUAGAGGACUUCCCUGGAAUUUAUACCUGUUCAGUCGAUGAUGGGCUGGAUACCAUUCUUGACACCAUCCGGAGAUCUAGGGUGCAUCGCCUGGUAGUUGUCGAUGACCAAUUCCGUCUCCGAGGAGUCCUUGCUUUAAGUGAUAUCCUUCAUUACCUACUGCUAGAUGGUGAACAGGACGAGCCAUGA